AUGGGUCCGGCACCUCCGCGGGUGUCGCUGGUGUGGGGGGUGCAGAGCUCGUCCGGGGCUGACCUUGCGGCUGCGGCGACCCCCAGUCAGAGCCCCUGGCCCGGCCCCCGCCACCUCCCCGGGGCCCUCCCGCCGCCCUUCCCGAACGGCUGGUACCGCCUGCUCGACUCGGCGCAGCUGCCCCGCGGCGCAGUGCGCGGGCUCGCCCUGCUCGGGGAACAUCUCGUCGUCUUUCGCUCCCAGGAUGGCCAAGCCCACGUGCUGGACGCCCACUGCCCUCACCUCGGGGCCAACCUCGCUGCCGGGGGGCGGGUCCGGGGCGGCUGCAUCGAGUGCCCCUUCCACGGCUGGCAGUUCCGAGGAGAGGAUGGAAAAUGCACCAGAAUCCCGUAUGCUGGAAAAGUGCCAGAUUUCGCCAGGAUCCGGGCCUGGCCAUCCUGCGAGGUGAACGGGAUGGUGCUGGUCUGGUACCACUGCCAAGGGCUCGAUCCCACCUGGGCAGUGCCCGAGCAGCGCGAGAUCACCUCCGAGGAGUGGGUGUUCCGUGGGCAGACGGAGCACCUGGUGGACGUGCACAUCCAGGAAAUCCCUGAGAACGCAGCCGACACAGCUCACUUGGCUUUUCUCCACGGCCCAGCAAUUCUGGGAGGUUCUGACCUGAGAUACACGAGGUCCAGGCUGUGGGACUUCAUGAAGCACAUGUGGAAGGCAGAGUGGCAGCCAGAACCCGAGCCCAACGCACACUGCUCCCGGCUGCUGCUCCAACACUCCGCAACCAUCUUCGGGAAGCGCCUCUCCCUCAUGGAUCUGACGGUUUCAGCCAGGCAGGUGGGGCCAGGGCUGGUUUACCUGAUCUUUGAACACGCGUUCCUGGGCCGUGGGAUCAUCCUGCAGACGGUGACUCCCCUGGAGCCUCUCCUGCAGAGUGUUGUUCACAAAAUCUACUACCAGAAGAACAUACCAGCCAUAGUCCCCAAGUUCAUCCUGAGGGCAGAGUGUGUCCAGUUUGAGCGGGAUAUAACCAUCUGGAAUAAUAAAGAGUACCUGUCCAAGCCACUCCUGGUCAGUGAGGACUCCGGGAUUCAGAGGCACCGGCGCUGGUUCUCCCAGUUCUACAGCGAGGGGAGCGCGAUGGCCCCGGCACGGGAGGAGGGCCUGGACUGGUGAGGACCCGGCUGCCCCCGCACUGCAGGAGCUGCCAGAGGCUCUCAGGUGGGUCCUGCCCACCCUGGCUGGUGGCAGAGGUGCUGUGCAGGCAUCACCAGAGUAACAAAUACAGGCACUGGCACAGGGAGCAGAGCCUGAGCCCUGGUGAUCCUUCUGUGUCCGGGGCACCAAAGUUCCAAGGCUGUCCUGCAGUGUGAGCUGAGUGUGAACUUCAGGUUAGAAUAAUGGAGUCACAGAAAUCCUGAGCUGGAAGUGACCCACAGACCAUCCAGUCCAACCCCUGACCCUUCACAGAC